AUCAAAAUUCACUAUAAACCAACAUGUCGACCUUGGGCCACGCUGCUGGUGUUGUUUGUCGUAAAAGUUGUGUUUUACAGCUUAUUAAAUGUCAGCGAUGUUUAAUACCACGUCGUCAGAACCAUGUGUGUGGAAACGUCAACAGAGGAUCAAAUGUGCUACAGCAAAACUCUAUGCAGGCACAAUACAAGCAGGUCCGAUUUUACUCAGAAAACCAACAGCCAAGAAAUUUCUUUCAAAAAUUAAUCAGUCAAGUUCAAGAAGACCUGAAAAAGAACAAAGAAAUCAAGGAAAACUUGAAGAAAUUCAGAGAAGAAAGAAAAAGUCUAGAGGAGUCAGAAGCAUUGUUAAAAGCAAGAGAGAAGUUUAAAAAAGUACAAGAAGAAACCAAGAAAAGUUCAACGGUCUUUCAGAAAACUUUUGAGGAUGUUAAAGGAAAAGUCUCAGAGACAGUGGAUGAAGUCAGUAAAUCAGAGUUCGGGAAGAAAAGUAAGGAAUUUACAGAAGAACUUGGGAAAACAGCUGGUAAAGCUGCUGAAACAAUUUCCAGUGCAGGAGAGCAGCUGGCCAAGACCCAACCGAUGAAGAAAGUUGCACAGGGUGUUAAAACAGUAUCGGAAGAAUUAGAUGAACUUGCUUUCUCUAGAAACAGAAUUUAUAAAGCUCCUGAGAGACCACUGAAAAGAUCAGAAUUCAGGACAAUAAAGAAGGAGGAGAAAGAAAUCAAAGUGGAUGAUGAAACCACAGGUGUGACACUACAUAAAGACUCCAAAUUUUACCAGAGCUGGCAAAACUUCAAGGAGAAUAAUGCCUACUUAAAUAAAAUGUUUGAAUUAAAAAUGAGGUAUGAUGAAAGUGAUAAUCCUGCUAUUAGAGUAACCAGAGCUGUGACAGAUUUGAUAGGCAGGGCUUUAGGUAGUGUAAUGACACCUUCAACACUGAGUGAGGCUUUGACAGAAAUCAACAAAUACGACCCUUCCUUCACCCCAGAGAGUUUUGCUUCCUAUUGUGAGACCAUUGUUGUCCCUCAUAUCUUAGAGGCCAUGAUUAGAGCUGAUUUAGAAGUAUUAAAAGACUGGUUGCAUGAAUCAGCAUACAAUGUUACAUCAGCCAUAUUAAAGCCUUACAUAGAAGCUAGAUACAAACCAUGCUCACAGAUCAUUGAUAUUGGUCGUGUGGAUGUUCUGGGAGGACAAGUGAUGGAGCAGGGCCCAGUUUUACUAAUUCAGUUCCACGCUCAUCAGAUUGAAUGUUGGCGGGAUUUUAAAAAUGAAGUGGUUGUUGGUAGUCCAGAUGAUAUUUUCAAAAUGACCUACACUUGGGCCUUGUGCAGAGAUCAAGAUGAAUUGGAUCCAAAAGCUGCCUGGAAACUGUUAGAAUUUAGUGCUACAAAAACGAACGUAGUUAUAUAAAACACUGCUACAGACCCUAGGCUUUUAACAUUUAUUAUAUGAAUGGUGCCAAAAACAUGUGAAGGUGGUUCCUUCCUUCAGGCCUUGUCAUCUGUGUGAAAGAUGUGAAGUGAUGAAAAUAUGUGAAAGGGUUUCUUCUGUUUAAUGAUGCAAUGUGAAGUGAUGGCAGAAAAACUGGAACAUGUUUCAGACUAUUAUCCAUGUGAAAACUAUCAUUCCAUGUGAACACUUGUAUGUGAUGUAUGGAAUUUAUGUGGUUACACAGGUGCAUCACAUUUUAUAAACCAUUCUUAAGUCUGUGCUCUUUUAUCCAUGUACAUGUAUAAUAACUGAAACUUAUUCUAUGUUCGUUUAGAAGCAUGUUUCAGAACCAUUCGACAUAUACUUAGUAGGUAUUCUUUUACCUACUGACAUGACAGUGAUACAUAAUUAAAAUGUCAAUAAUGUUGAACAAUAAAUUAUUUAAUUAUGAUGAAAAA